AUGCCCUUGCUGCAAAUGGCUUGGUUCCCGCCUUGUUUAAUCGUUUCUUCAACGUCAAGUUUGAUUGCGGCUUUUCAGCUUUCUCCUUUGUUGCAUUUUCGACUCCAACUUUCCCGUGUGUUUUGUGUGUUUCUCUGUGUUGCUUACAACCAACAGCUACACACGGCAGACAUUACACAUUUCUCACGACUACAUCUUUGGACUCCUUUUGUUUUUUGA